GCGCAGAGCCGAGGCGGGCGGCGCAGCUCGCGGGGCGCACUGGGGCGCGGGCGGGAAGGUGCGGGCGCGGGGCGGGGGCGCUCGGCCGGGCCGCCCUCGCGCUGGCCUCGCGACGGCUCCGCGCCGCCCGCACUCGCUCUGCGAGCUGUCUCUGCUCGCGCUCGCUCUCGGUGCUCGGUCCCCGCUCCCUCUCCCUCUUCCUCUCCCCCUCUCUCCCUCGCUAUCCGCUCCCCCGCCCCCGUGCCUCUGGCUCUGCGCCUGGCUCCCUCGGGUCCGCUCCCCUUUCCCGCCGGCCUGGCCCGGCGUCACGCUCCUGGAGUCUCCCCGCUCGGCGUCUCGUUGUAGGAGGGGGUCAGAUCACCCCGCCGGGCGGUGGCGCUGGGGGGCAGCGGAGGGGGAGGGGCCUUAGUCGUUCGCCCGCGCCGCCCGCCAGCCUGCCGAGCGCGCUCACCGCCGCUCUCCCUCCUUGCUCUGCAGCCGCGGCCCAUGGAGCCCGCCGGCCCGGCCCCUGGCCGCCUAGGGCCGCUGCUCUGCCUGCUGCUCUUCGUGUCCUGUUCCUGUUCAGGAGCUGCAGGGGAGGACCUGAAGGUGAUUCAGCCUGAGAAGUCAGUGUCUGUUGCUGCUGGAGAGAUGAUCACUCUGAACUGCACUGUGACCUCCCAGUUGCCUGUGGGACCCAUUAUGUGGUUCAAAGGAACAGGGCAAAGCCGACAACUAAUCUACAGUUUCACAGGAGAAAAGUUUCCUCGAGUUACAAAUGUUACAGAUGCAACCAAGAGAAAUAACUUGGACUUUUCCAUCCGCAUCAGUAACGUCACCCCAGCAGAUGCCGGCACCUACUACUGUGUGAAGUUCAAGAAGGCAGACUCUGACAAGGAAUUUUUAUCUGGAGGGGGAACAGUGGUCUAUGUGCUUGCCAAACCUUCUGCACCGGUGGUAUCCGGCCCACAAAACAGAGUUACACCUGAGCAUACAGUGAACUUCACCUGCAAGUCUUUUGGCUUCUCUCCCCGGAAUAUCACCCUGAAGUGGUUCAAAGAUAAGGAUGCACUCCCCCACUUCCAGACCACCGUGAGCCCUAAGGGAGAGAGUAUCUCCUACAACAUCUCCAGCACAGCCCAGGUGGUCCUGAGAUCCGGGGAUGUUCGUUCUCAGGUCAUCUGCGAAGUAGUCCACGACACCUUGGAAAGCGGCCUUCGUGGGAUUGCUAACUUGUCUGACAUCAUCCAAGUUUCACCCAUCCUGGACGUCACCGAACAGUCCACAAGGACAGGGAACCAGGCGAACGUCACCUGCCGGGUGCAGAAGUUCUACCCCAACAAACUCCGGCUGACCUGGCUGGAGAAUGGGAACGUAUCACGGACAGACGAGGCCUCGAAUGCCACAGUGAACGGGGACGGGACCUAUAACUGGACAAGCUGUCUCCUGGUGAACAAAUCUGCCCACAGAGAGAACGUGGUGGUCACAUGCCAGGUGAACCAUGAUGAUAAGCCAGCGAUCGCCAAAAACUAUACCGUGAAGGUCCUGCACCAGAAGGAGCAGGGCAUGGACGCUACCCUUGGUAGUGACUCUCCCAAACAGAAGAACAUCUUCAUCGCGGUGGGUGUGGUGUGCGCCUUGCUAGUAGUCCUGUUGAUGGCUGCCCUCUACCUCCUCCGGAUCAAACAGAAGAAAGCCAAGGGGUCAACUUCUUCCACAAGGUUGCACGAGCCCGAGAAGAAUGCCAGGGAAAUAACCCAGAUCCAGGACACAAAUGACAUCAAUGACAUCACAUACGCAGACCUAAAUCUGCCCAAAGAGAAGAAGCCUGCCCCCCGGGUCCCUGAGCCCAACAACCACACAGAAUAUGCGAGCAUUGAGACAGGCAAAGUGCCUAGGCCAGAGGAUACCCUCACCUAUGCCGACCUGGACAUGGUUCACCUUAACCGGGCACAGCCAGGCCACAAGCCUGAGCCAUCUUUCUCAGAGUAUGCCAGUGUCCAGGUCCAGAGGAAGUGAAUGGGACUGUGGUCGGCUCUAGGGCCCAUAGCCACAAGUUUUCUUGUCCCACAUGGAGUGGCCAUGAUGAGGACAGCCCUAGAAGGCCAGAUGGCACGGGUCCUAGGACCAGGAGUAAGGGUGGCCUUUGUCUUCCCUCCUUGGCUCUCCAACACUUCCAGGGCAGCCAUGUCCCUUCUUCUGGAGGCCGGUGUUGCAGAACCAGAGGGGGGAACUGGAGAAAGCUGCCUGGAACCCAAGAAGUGUGCCUCGGCUUUCCACACACGGGUCUGGAUUCUGGUCUUGGCAACUCUGGGUUGCUUUCUUGAUGAUCCAGAGCCUGGUCUCCUAUGUGGAGAAGAGCCCCCCACCUCCACCCAACUUGGGCUUUGUGGGGGCAAGAACCCCUUUAGAUCAAACUGCCCCAUCCGCGGAAGAACUACACCAGGAGACAGCAAGUUUCCAGCCAACAGUGCUGGCCUCCCACCCGCCAGGCUGACUAGCCCUGGGGGAGAAGGAAUCCUCUCUCCUAGACCAGCAGACUCCCUGGGCAUGCUCAGUGUGGCCCCACCUCCUUUCCAGUCCCAGCUUGCUUCCUCCAGCUAGUACUAACUCAGCUGCAUCACUCUGUGGACUCCUGUAAAUUAUUGAGAAAUGUGAACUGUGCAGUCUUGAAGCUAAGGUGUUAGGAAAUUUGAUUUGUGCUGUUUGGUUGUUGUUAGGUCUAUUUUUUUUUCUUUUCUUUUUUUUUCUUAAAACAACAGCAGCAGCAUCUUGA